AGUCGACUCGACAACGAGAACGCAUCGCGACGUCUAUUUGCUUCACGCGGCAAAAGAAAGAUUUCUCUCCACAAUCUUUAUUUUUUUUUCUUCUUGUGCGUACCAUCCAGAAGGUGCACCCAAAUCGCCAAUCUUCGCCCCUGUUGUCUGGGAAGUUGGUGAUCUGGAGUGCUGAGGGUAUACCUUGGCGCGUGUUGUUUGGGUCUCCGUGGUGGUGGAGGCACUAGCGACGCCACAAUUCUGCGUGCCGUGACUUGUGGUCGGGCUAACGAGAGAGAGUUACUCAUCAGUCAGUCGAGAGAGUCACUUCAACUCGAUCGCGACGGUGUGUUCGUGCGGUGUGUUGUUCGGUUAUAUUCUUAGCCUGAGGCACCUAAUCUUCUGGUCCUGUGCACCCUUUUUUCUCCUCCAAAAAAAUAAACUCGCAAACGCGCCCCGAACAGUUGCCUUCCAGUCGUGUGAGAGUCGUGUCGUGUCCUUAAAAAAAUCUCUCAAGUGACUCAGUGAAGAUCAAGUGAUUUUUUGAAGAGGAUUGUGCAAAAGGUUUUCUUCACAUAUUGGGGAAUUUUCCCAAAAAGUAGGGGGCCUAAUUUAAAAAUAGGCAAUAGGUGUACACCAGACUCCCGGAAACACGAAAACAGUGAAAGAUCCCUCAACGAAUACCGUUAGUACGGGGCAGAACGUUAACACGUGGUGGAUUUGGUGAAUCAUCGGGGUCUGGAGUCUCGGUGCGAUCUAACGUCCCCAGUGUGGAUUGUGUGCGGGAAAAAGGGGGAUUCUGGCCCAAGGUGGUGGAGUGUGAGGUGACUGGUGAGGAGAGUGUUCACACUGAAGAAUCUGUGUGCGUGAACGUGUGACGGGUCGAAGCGAAAUGGGGCUAAAAAUAGCCACCGAGCAAGACGGUUGUGGCAAAACGGGCCGAUAAUAGUUUUGGUGAAUGGGGAAUAGAGAAUCAAGUGAAGGAUUGUGUGACUCGAUCGGGAUUCUCAAUUCGGCGUGCCAUCCGCAUUUGCUGACAUAGUGUGCGCAGAGGAAUAUCGCUGUGACCGAUUAGAGCCGGUCUGAUAAGAAAUUUCUUGCCAAAGUGGGCUGGAGCUUACAUACCAAAUCCCCACAACCACAAUGCCCAGUCGAUGAUGCACUGGCAACGGUGAUCAAAGGAAAAUAUAUUUUCUAACCAUUACCAAAGUGUUGACAGCUUAUUCUUUUCGGGGUUUCUUUUUUUUCUUAGUGCGAAUGCACGAAUGAGACGGGGCGUGAGUGAAUGUGAUCGAUGAUCGUGAUCAGCUGUUGUCAUUUGUCUUCACGCUGAAGACCGUACACUCGCGAAACUGGGAUUAUUUUUGGUGGACAAGGUGAAAAUAGCUUCAAAUUUAUUUAUAGUUUCAAACAUUACAUGAGAUAACACACAUACUCGUCCCCCUCUUCACAAAAACAUUCAAUAUAUGAGCCUCAAGAGGAAGGAAACAACCCGACAGUGACUCUUCAGCAUAGAAAAUUAAUAAGGUCGCUGAAUGAUUGAAGUGUGUCAAAGUGGAUUGUGGCUGUGAAUGUGCAUUGGCCAUACCAUAGUGUUUUUUUCUUCUUCUUCUCUAUAUAUAUCGAAAAAGUGCAAUUUUUCCAAACACGGUGCACUUGAUUGGAAAUCUUAUUGAAGAGAGAGUGCGUGCGUCCAGUGUUGAAUUUCCAAAUAACGCAUUAACUCAAUAGGACCAUCGAUUUCGCGCGUGCCAGAGCGCAAGACAGCCAGCUAAUUUACAGUUUGUGCAAAAAUUCUCGUGUAGUGUUUUUGCGAUCGGAGGGAACGCAUCAGUUGCAGAAGCACCGUGGGAUCGUGGUGAUCUAUUUUUGUGUGUUGGUGCAACCUAAAUAUGGAACUUUUGGCCCAGCUUCCUGGGCCCAAAAUUGCCAUCAUCAGUUGUUAUCACUGAGAUCAUUGGCAUCUUCCUGUUGUGAACAAUUUACCAUCCAAAUUGCAAAGCUCCAGGCAGCAUCCGUUCCCAAUUGAUCACCAAAACCAAUCAAUCGACCAGUGAUCAGUUGGAUCGUGGGCAGACCAACAUAAACUCUGUGUAUAGGCACUAAAUUAAUCGCGAUCGCGACCUUUUCUCAAUCACUUUCAAUCAUCUACUGUCGUCACAACAAUAUAUUGAAGUGAAGACGAUCGUUGAUCUGAAAAUAGAAUACCCGUUGUGAUUGUUUGUUCACAAGAGAAUCACUUUCACAUUCUCCUGCCCCCAUACAGUGAUCAUUUUGACAGACCGGUGGUGGGUGAUUAUAUGUGAAGAAAAAAAAAGUGUGCCGAUCACUCGAAAGGGAAUUCGUGAUAGACAGGCUUUUGGUGACAAGAACCUCCCAAGAACGCUUUAAUAUUGUUCGAACAAGGAUUAGGUGGAGUUGACAAAAAUGAAGAUCGUGACAGUAUUUAUCUGUUCGCUGGCAUUGGCGAUUUGUGCGAUCGCACCCGCAGCUGCCAGUGAAGAUGCAAAUUCCACCAUCAAUGACAGUGAGGAGGGAAAAUGCGUAGAUGGAUUGGUGAUACCAGUGUGGCAACCAACAACAAAUCUAACAUUUGGUGAUCGCUUUGCACGCGGUCUUGUGUAUUUUCUAGCCCUCAUCUAUCUCUUUAUUGGCGUGUCCAUUGUAUCUGAUCGAUUUAUGGCCGCUAUUGAGGUUAUAACGUCCAAGGAAAAGGAAGUGAAGAUCCGCAAACCCGACGGUGAAACACAAAUUGUUGUGGUGCGCGUGUGGAAUGAAACUGUAGCGAAUUUGACACUGAUGGCACUUGGAUCGAGUGCACCUGAGAUCCUCCUCUCGAUCAUAGAGAUUAUUGCGAAGAAUUUCAAUGCCGGUGAUCUCGGACCCGGCACCAUUGUCGGUUCGGCCGCGUACAAUCUCUUCGUGAUCAUCGCUAUAUGUGUUAUGGUGAUCCCCAAUGGUGAGGUGCGCAAGAUCAAGCACUUGCGUGUCUUCUUCGUGACGGCCACGUGGUCGGUGUUUGCGUACAUCUGGCUCUACCUGAUCCUGGCCCAAUUCACACCGGGCCGCGUGGAUGUGUGGGAGGGGUUCCUCACCUUCCUCUUCUUCCCCGCCACCGUACUCACGGCCUAUAUUGCUGACAAGCGUCUCCUGAUCUAUAAGUACAUUGGGAAGCAGUAUCGCAUGAAUAAGCGCGGUGUGAUAGUCCAGGUUGAGGGUGAUGCAGGGCUAGAGAUGAACAAUCGCGAUGAUGGUAUUAAGGUGCUGGAAGAGAAUGGCGAUGUUAGUCAGGAAAUUAAUGAUUUUGAGGAAGCGCGUCGUGAGUACAUAUCAACCCUCAAGGAUCUGAGGAAGAAGUACCCACAGAAUGAUCUUGAAAAUCUUGAGAUAAUGGCGCAGGAGCAAUUGAUGAAUCGCGGACCAAAGUCUCGGGCAUUCUAUCGUAUUCAAGCUACCCGAAAAAUGAUGGGUAGCGGUAAUAUUAUGCGGAAGAUCUCCGAACGUGCACAGAGCGACCUCAGCGAGGUUAAGGCCGAACUGCAGCGCGUGGAUGUGGACGAAGUGGAUGAUGAUACGGUAUGCAAGGUAUACUUCGAACCAGGCCACUACACCGUCAUGGAAAACUGCGGCGAGUUUGAGGUGCGUGUCGUGCGUCGCGGAGAUCUUUCGUGUCACAUUACUGUCGAUUUCGAGACAGAGGAUGGGUCCGCCGAAGCGGGUAGUGACUAUGUGGGCAAGAAGGGUACUCUUACCUUUGCCCCUGGUGUCGAUGAACAACGCUUCUCCAUUGAAGUUAUCGAUGAUGAGGUGUUCGAACAGGAUGAACACUUCUAUGUGCGCCUAAGUAAUGUCUCCGAACCGGCCAUUCUCUCAACACCCAAAGUCGCUACUGUCAUGAUCCUCGAUGACGAUCAUGGUGGCAUUUUCGCAUUCAGCUCCAAAGAUCACGAGGUAGUGGAGUCGGUCGGUACAUAUGAACUCAAAGUUCAGCGUUUUUCGGGUGCGCGCGGAAAAGUGAUUAUACCCUACUGGGCGGAAGAUGGUACCGCCAAGGCUGGAAAGGACUACGAACCUCUUCAAGGAGAAUUGGAGUUUGAAAACAACGAAAUUGAAAAAAUGAUUCCUCUUGUGAUCCUGGAGGAGGGUAGCUACGAAAAGGAUGUGCUAUUGUAUGUAAAUUUGGGGGAGCCUCAGAUGGUCGGAGAUGAAUUAGCGUCAAUGGUUCAGGAGGCAGAAGCUAAAGCACCUGAGGAUCUCACAGAAGAGGAUAAAAUGGCCCUGCUGGGACGACCAAAAGCCGGCGACGUCGUCCGUGCGCAGAUUCGGAUAAAGGAGAGCAAGGAGUUCAAAAAUACUGUCGAUAAACUGGUUCAGAGAGCAAAUGCAUCCCUCCUCAUCGGCACGUCAUCGUGGAAGGAGCAAUUCUCGGAGGCGCUAACUGUCAGUGCAGGUGAUGACGGCGGCUCAGAUGAGGGUGACGGUGAGGAGCCAACUCCAAGCUGUGCUGACUACAUAAUGCAUUUCUUGACACUAUUCUGGAAGAUUAUAUUUGCCUUUAUUCCACCUACAGAUAUGUCUGGCGGCUAUUUGUGCUUCGUCAUAUCAAUCUUCUGCAUUGGGGUUGUAACAGCAAUCAUUGGCGACGUGGCAUCCCACUUUGGUUGCACCCUGGGCAUUCGAGACUCCGUGACAGCCAUCGUAUUUGUCGCCCUUGGCACAAGUAUACCAGACACCUUUGCCAGCAAAGUGGCUGCCAUUCAGGACAAGUAUGCAGACGCCAGUGUCGGAAAUGUUACCGGCAGCAAUGCAGUGAAUGUCUUCUUGGGCAUCGGAGUGGCUUGGACAAUAGCGGCUGUGUAUCAUGCCGCCAAAGGUCGACACUUUGAGGUUGAGCCAGGAAACCUGGCCUUUUCGGUGACACUUUUCUGUACUGAAGCCCUGAUUGCCAUUUUUGUGCUCGUGAUGCGUCGCAGCAAAUCAAUUGGUGGUGAACUGGGCGGACCCGUGACAGCCAAAUAUAUCACGGCCACAAUCUUCGUUGGACUUUGGCUGUUCUACCUGGUGAUGAGCAGUUUAGAGGCCUAUGGAGUCAUAAAGGGCUUCUAAAUUUAGUUACACAAAACAAAAAAUCACCAAUUAGAAUUUUUUUUUAAUUAAAAUCCCAGAUUAAUUUUUCUUUUGUAAAAUGCCACAUCCCCAAAUAAUUAAAGAUUUUCCAUCGAUUGCAACGAAAUUUGCUAAUUUCUUUUCUCACUUACCCAUUUGAGAAUGAACUGUUGUUCCAAAAAUGAAAUAGAUAGAUUGUUUACAAGAGCAAUAUGUAAAAAAAAAGAAAUGAAAUAAAUCUAAAUAUUAGGUUAGCCUAUAGGUAAAUGAGAGGAAAACUAGAGGCAGGAAACAUACUUAAGAAAAAAAAGGGAAUACGAAUGAAUUGAAAUAGUCAAUUUUGUACGAAAAUACAAAUAGAUGAUGAAUUAAGAAGUAGAAAUUGCGACAGAGAUUAAGAUUCACUUCCUAGCUUUUUCUCUCUUUUCGUGGAAUUUUUUUUUCUUUUUGGAAGCACUUUUACUGUACAGAUAAUUAAUUUUUAUUUCAACGAUAGGAGUUUCUUUUUCUAUUUAUAAAAUGUCCCCUACCAAAUAAAAAAAAAACUACGAAAUUUCUUAUAGUGUUCUGAUAGUGGUGGAGAAAUUUAUAUGCAAUGAAACAGUAUAUGGGAAUAUUUAUAAUGUAAGUAAAUAUCAUUGUUGAAUAGAUGGAGAGAACCAAAGCAAAAUAAAUGGGAAACGUUUUGUACAUUUCUUAUUUUUUAGUAAAACAUUAUUACAUAGAGAUGGUUUUUUUGUACAUAACAUUUGUACAUAUUGCUACUACAUGUAGGAAAGUGUUGUAGGAAAAAAAAUUGAUUAUAACCAUCUUAUCUUUUUUUUCUUUUCAACUCAGUGGGAAGACGGUUAUGUCUUCAAAUUGAAUUAACGGUUUGAUCCAAUUUGCAAAAGCCCGUGAAAUGAAUAAAAUGAGUGUUUGGGAACGAGAAGAGAUAAAGUAAAUUGCACGAUAGACGCAGGACUAUUAAUAAUAUUUCUGCGGGGUUUAUUUGAGAAACAAGAAGGGGAAAAUUAUGUAAACAAGUUGUCGGGAGCAAUUUUGAUGCAAGAAAGCGAACAUUCAACUCCUGCAACAAAUUUAUUUUUGGGGAAAAAUUAGUCUGCGACUGAGGGAGUGUGUUCUAUUGGUGUGCAUUGAAAUUCUUAUCAGUGAACUUCACGCUGAAUUUCAUUCGCAAAUUAUUGAACCAUCAAUUGUUUUUUUUUAUCACUGUUGUAGCAAAAGAUUCAAUGCAAAAAAAUUACAAUUCGUCGUCUACUCGUAAGAAAUUUGUAACCCUCGGAUAUAAUUUUUUAUUUUCUAAAAUUAAACCCGAAAUUUUACUUCCUCCAACUACAAUAAUGUGUAAUAUAAAAUUAAAUUUUAGAUAGUGUUUUUAAUACAAUGUAUCGACCAUGGAUUAGCGGCGAUUUACACAAGUUAUAAUUUUUUUUCACAUGUUAGAUUGUAACACCAAUUAUCUUGUAUCACAUUACAUAAUUGAGAGUAUUAUUGUUAAAAUGCUGCCAUCAUCAUUAGCAAUAUGAUGAGUAUUAGCGUUAAUCACAUCAAUUCAUCAACGUAUCAACCCCAUCUACAAUUCUUUUGACCUUCUUUUUCAUUCACCUUUUCACCAUUCUGUUCGAUAUUAAUUUCACUUUCUUGUAAAAAUGGCUUUUGGCAGAGUGACUUAUGGAAAAACCACCCCUGUUUAAAAGCUUCCGAAUCAAUUUAAAUAGGCAAAAGAAAUCACAGUUCUGAAUUGAGGAAUUAAGGUUUUCAAUAAAAGAAUUAUUGAUCGCGAAAUUCGAUACUGAGGGGGUCAAUUCACCACAUAUGGCCACUUUGGCUCCGCUUUUGGCCAUAUACAGCGCUUCUAGAAAAUCAACGCAUAAUGAAAAUCUAUUUUAUUUUGAAAUUUUGAGAUUUUCUCACUGUUUUAGAUGGUUAAAGAUAGGGGGGUGACAUUAGCUCUGAAAAAUGCGACCGAUUUUAGUGUAAUUUUUCCUGUUUUCGUACACAUUUCACGAAAUAUCUCCAAAACUACGUAGGUUGCCAAUUUGGGGUUUUCGGUUGCCUCUUCGUUAUUAAAUUGGCUUUUAUUUUGUAUUAGUAUUUUUUGCAAAUUCAUUUUAAAAUGACAGGAAACAGCUAAUAAAGUAAAAAGUUUUUUCGGCUCGCCAGAAACAUAUGUUAGGACUAUGUGUUGUCAUGCCCCUGGUUAAAGAGAAAAAGAAAACUACGAAGAUAUACAGGAUUUUACAUUCGAGAAUACUUCUUCGUUGUUUUUUUUUCCUUUUGCCAUCUGAAACUGUUAGAAAAUUUCAGUGUUCCAAAUUAAACAUGAUUCCAAAUUACCCCAUCUUCCCCUAGAGGAAAGUAGUCAGCCUUUGAAUGUACCAACCUUUGAAUAUUUCAAUUCUUCCCUAAUAUCCCAAAGCAAAAAUUGUAUUCUAUUAAUCUUAGUUACUGUGAUAACUAAAGUUAAUAAAUACUCUGAAGAAAACAAGUUUGGAGUUGUUGUUCUUUAAAUUUUAAUAAAAUAAAACUCGACUUUUUCAAUAUAGAGUAAGUGUGCCAAAUUUCGGCCAGCUUGCAAUUUCGACCACCUUUUUUGUUCCUCGAAUUUCCAUGAACUUUUAGAUUUUACGUAAUCUAGAGAUUAUACAAUGCAAAAGAAUAACAAAACCUGUAGCUUCGACAAACGAGAUGACAUGAAAAAGAUAUUGAAAGAAUUCCCGAAGGGCAAGGAACUAUGAGAAUGAAGGUGGCCGAAUUAAGGUACCAAAGCUAUGUCUAUAUUUUUAUUCAUUUUAAAAUGUAUUAAGAAUGAUUUUAGAGUAAAUAAAGAUGGUAAACUCUUUACAAGGUUCCAAGCAACACUCUUUCAGAAGAAAGAAUAAAAAAAAUCAAUUUGUAUUUAAAAUAUUACAAAUCAAACUUGAGACUUUGACGCUUGCCUAUGCCGAAAUUUGGCACACUUAACAUAUUUUUCAUUACACUUUUAGUAAAAUCCUAUUAGCGAAUUUUAACAAAGAUUGACUAAUAUAAUUUUGUUUGCUUCUAACUAUUUUUUUGUUAUUUAAAUUUCAAAUUGUCAAGUGGUUAAAAAUGUAUUUUAUUUUUAAUUUUGUAUUUAAAUAUUCUACUUUUUCAAGGCAAAAAGAAACAAAUGAGCAACAAAAAAUAAAUUUUGAACAGAAAAAAUUAUAAUACGGUUGCAAAAAUUAAAUUUAGUUUAAAUAAUUAAUAUUGGCUGGUAAAAAUAUAAUUUUUUAAUAAAACGGUUUUAUUUUGCAUAGGGUAAGAUGGGGUAAUUUGGAAUGAUGACUAUUUUGGAAUUUUGAGAUUUUCUCGCUGUUUCAUAUGGUCAAAAAGAAAAAGACAACCUCGAAGAAGUACAAGACUUUACAUUCAAGAGUACUUCUUUGUUUUUUUUCCUUUUACUGUCUAAAACUGUUAGGAAGCUCAAAGUUCCCAAUUAAACGUGAUUCAUCCGGGCAAAAUCAAGCCAUAUUAACGAGAAAAUUCAUAUAGAGGAGACUGGGGCAAACCUUGUCAAAACGAAUAUUUAAUUCUCUCACGAGCUCUGAGAAAACUUAAACGUUUUAUAAUGUGCAUAUUCUUAUCGGAAAUUUACUGCUCUACAACAUUGCAGAGGACUAUUUUCGUCUAUCUCGAAAGAAAUGUGAUUUUCGAAUCAUUUUCUAAUGGCUCCGGCACACCUUUUAGAUCAGGAAAAUUUCAUGAAGUCGAAAUUGGAAACCCUUUCUUAAUAUACCUAGUCUUGUAGAGUUUUCAAAAUUCUUUUAAUAUGCUUACAGCGCUCUUGGUUCCGUCUCUGUGACUACUAAAAGUAAAGUGACACAUUCUGAAUGAGCUUAAGAGCUUCUAUAAAUAAUUUCAAUACAAAAUUCUCAUUUAAGUCUUUUAAAGGUGAAAUGAAAGACUUUUGUGAAAGGCUUGCUUCUAUAAGACACCUGUUUAAUUGCUUGGAUAUUGUAAAGUAAUUGAACGAGCAUAAUCAUACAUUUCUAAACCUGAGAACGAAAAAAAUCUUCAUUUGAAAUAUUCAACGAAAAUGAGACUAAUACCGGUUUCAGAUCCUGAAAGCCACAAAAAUCUAAAUAACAAACAUUUUUGUUGUUUUCUCGAAAUCUAAUGGAUAAUUUGCCCUUAAUAUCCAAUCCGGAGCAACAAUUUCCUCAAAAGUCUUGCCCAAUAAGAAAUUAGAGGAUUUAAGCCAUACGGCUAAGCCUUAGGUCUGAAGCCCGUAUAAAGAAAGUAUUUAUUCAACAGGGAAGUAGGGUAGCUUUGAAAUUUAGCUUUCCCUUCUUAUUUUUAAGUGGAUUUUGGAUAUCAAGAUGUACUUUAAGCUUACUAAUGGCUUGUAGAGAAAGACCAGUUUCAUUUAAACGGGAAAAAUGCCCACACUGAGAAAAAAGAGGGUGCGAUUAACUUUUUUCCCCCGUAACUUUAACACUUUUUAGGUGUAAAAAUAUAUCAACAAUUUUUAAUGUUAAUUUUACACCUUUUUAAGGGUAAAAUUAACAUGAAAAGGGUAACUUUAACCCCCAAUACACCUAAAAAGGGUAAUAUUUACACUUAUUUAGGAUCAAUACUGCAGGAUAAAAAUAACAUUUCCAGAAUGUUAUUUUAAUUUUUUCGGAUUUCUCUCAGUGCAAUUUCAAAGCUGCCCCAAUUCAAAUUUGCCCCACUUCAAUAUUCGAUUUCAUUCACAAAUGAUUUUCACCGCUUUUAAACAAUCUUAUUCACCUCAUUGGAAACUUAAGAACGGAUUUCUUAUGCGCUGGACAUACUUACGACUUAAUCUGAGAGACGGCUUAGCGUAGUUAUGACCAAAAUAAUGAUUGGAUUACAUUUCCAUUAGUUUCUGCCUAAUCCCUCUUUUGGAAUAAGUCGACAAACGGCUGUUAGUGGGAAACUGAUGGAAAUUUAGUUAAGGGAAACUGGGGCACCACCAAACACGGGGUACCAUCAAACACUGCGAUUUUUUAUCAAAUAUUCGACUUCUAAGGACAAGACCUAUAGGAAUUUAUAGGCACUAUAGGGACGCUUGUCUACUGAAGAAAUGUUUGAGAUAGUCCAAGUAGUUAAGAAAUAAAAAUUAGUGUUUGGUGCUACCCCUUGUUUGGUGGUGCCCCAGUUUCCCCUAAAUCAUUAAUUUAAUUAUAAUUACGUUAAGCCGUCUCUGGACUUAAAUCUUAAAAGUGUCUAGGACAUUAUAAUCAGAACUGUGUAAAGGAUGUGAAGUAAUUGCCUAUCUCGGGAAGUGAAGCUUAUUUGACAAAGCCGUUUAUCUAGUCAAGAAAUAUCCUUAAGGUAAUUUUUUUUUUUGGAAAAUAGAAUCGUUAUUGUGUAAGUAUCGAAUGGUGGUUAGAAAAGCCUACAACAGACAUUUGAAAUUCCACCAAAAAAAAAGAGAAGAAUCGUAAGAAAACGUUGGUAAAAUAUUGCAGAAGAGGAAGAAAUAACUCGUAGGUUAAAUUUAUGUGAUACAUAAAAUGAACAAAAAGAAAAGUACUAUAUAAUAUCGAAUCAAAGUCCAACUUUAAAUGUAAAGAGAUGAAAAUUAUUAAUUGUUGAAUUUGUAAAUUUAUGUAAUAUUCGUAUAGAAGAUAUCUUUCGCGUGUUACAACAAGAUCCUUCCUCAAAAUUUUCUCUAUAUCCAUCUCAUUGUGUUUUCAUCGAACUCUACAAAUUGAGGGAUUUUUUUUCAUUAGCCAAGUGAAUCCAAGUCACAAAACACAUUUUCCUCCUAAUCUUCAGGAAAUAAGAAAAAAAUAAAUAUAAUUGCAAUGUUAGGAAAGAGGAGAGAAACGUAAAAAAAUGAACCACCUAAAGUAAUUUUUAGUAACCUCUAAAAUCAUUUAAAAAAAACUCUUUCUGAUAGUAAAUCUUCAUAAUUAUUGUUAAGAAUGAAAGUCUUCCGUUCCAUUUUUUCUGAGCUAUUUAAUAAUUGACUUUUUCUGGUGUUUUUAGUUUAGUAUUCUACACACGUUCUUUGACUUUCAUAUCCUUCCUAUCCAAUUCUGACUCUAAAACGUGACAUAUUUGCAAGAAAUACUACUCAAAAUAGGUAAAAAAAAAUUCUAUUCUAUGUAUACUACAGACCUCUCUAACAAAUUCCCACAUAAUUAUUAUUAUCAAAGAGAAAAAGAACUCUAACAAAAAAAAGUCCAAAUAAAUUUCUUUCCUAAAUAGAGGAUGCGCAAGAAAAACAUAAAGAAAAAUUGUACUAAAUAAAAGAGACAAGAUAAUAAUAUUGUGAAUGUUUACAAUGUUUCCGUUACUUAAUGUUUCUUAUAGUGAAUAAAGAGUAUAUUUAAAAAUUGAAAAAAAAAUACUAUGAAAGACAUUCUACUAAUCACUUCUAAUGUAUUUGUAAUAUUAAAAAAUAACAAAAGAAAUAUGAAAAAUCAGCUUCUAAGGCUAUUCACCCUCAAUAUGUUGACCUAUAUAUUUUUCAAAAUGAUCCUUCUGCUCUUUCUGCAUCAAAUGUAGUGUUAAUAGUACAAAAAAAACAAAGAAAUUAAACAUUUUUCAUCUUCUUCAUUGUAUUACAUGAAAAUCCUAUUUUUGUUCUGUUAUGGUCAUCUUGUGACACAAAAAAAAAACAUUAAUAAAAGCUUCCAGAAUUUUCUUCUAUUUAAAAAAAAACUACAUAAAAUUAGGCUAGAAAAACAAGUGAAAAAGUUAGACAUAAAAAAAAGAUUUAAUUUCCUAAGAGAAAUCAAUAAGAAAUAGCUUGAAAUAAUUUAUUUAUAUUUAAGUAUGAAAUAAUUAUAUUUUGUAUAAGAAAAGCAAACAAGAUAUUUUGAAAGAAAGUUGAUGAAAAUGAGAUGAAACCUUUUUUCUAGAACAACAUUUCAAAAAAAAAUGAAAAAUAAAAGUUAAAAGAAAAUAUUAAUGCCUAGUGCAGGAAAUUAUGGCAUUAAUCGUAAAAUGAGCCUUAAAUAUGUAGGAAAAGGUCAUAAAAAACUUAGUCAUAUAAACGGAAAAUCCUAUAAUGAAGUUACAAUUAAAAGAAGUAAUUGUAGAAAAAAUAUCAUUGCAUUGAAUAAUUUAAUUUAUAUUUUUGAAAAUCCGAAAAAUAUUUAUCCAAAAAAUCUUCAAUGUCCCUUUUUAAUUUAAUCUUCUAUCAUCUCGAAAGACGUUCUCCUAUCAAACUAAAUAUUAAUAAUGAACUUUGAUGUCAGCUUUUCAGAUUUAUUAUUCUAACUUUUAAGAACAUAUUUCCAAAAUGGUCCAAGACCUUAAAAAAAAAACCAACCAAUUUUCUUCAAAAUAAAAAUACUUUUAAACAAACUCAAGAACAACUUCACCUUUUUACAAAAUAAAACAAAAAAAAAACCUAAGAAGAGACCGUAAAACACACCAGAGAUAAAAAAAAAGUUGACUGAUUUUUAAGAGAAACAAAUAUUUUACUAAUUUGUGAAAAGAAUUAAAUAAAAAAAAAAGAUGCGUCAUAUGAUGAGAUGAAAAACUUUGAAGUAAAACAACACGCGCAAAUUUUGUUAAAGAAUAAGCGUUAAUUAUUAGAUGAAAAUAGAAAAAAAAGAUUAACAACAAAAAAAUAUCAAUGACAAUUUUCAACGGAACCAAUUAUGUAUAUUUAAUUUUCUUUACAUUUUCUAUCGAAUCUUCGAAGAAAUUUAAUAUUAUAAAUCGAGAAAAAAAAUUGAAGGGAAUAGAAAUUUGAAUUUAAUCAUUACUGGCGACCAAUUUAAAAGAUAUUAAUAGUGGUUUUAAUAAACAAAAGAAAUAAAUGAUUUUAUAUACAGUAAAAUAUGAACAUCAAUAGAGAAAGAAGUUUGUUUUUUGACAAUUCAAAUUUGUUAUAAACUGCCACAAAAUCAAUCAUAUUUUUUUUUAAUUUAAUAUAUUUUGUAUUAGGAAUAAAUUCAACGAUGUGCAAGACAUUCAAAGUAAAAUUUGGGCAACAAAUCUGCGAAAUUUACUAAAAAUUUCAGAUAGUGAGACUCAAGAAGCAAAAAACACUGAAAAAAAUAAAAUAUAACAGGAUCCAAUAAUAUCUAUGACGAAAAACUCGUUAAUAUUAAUAUAAUUACUUUAUAAUGAAUUGUUAUUAUAAAUGUAAUUGAGUAAAAAUAGCUGUGUAUCGAUGAAUUUAACGUGGAAGCUAAAAAAAAAGAAUAGGAAUUUAUACAAAUAAACAAUCCAACAGCAUAAAUGUUUAUUUGAUAAAAAAAACAAAGAAUUUAUUUCAAUUUCUGUUAAUUUGAAUAUAUUUUUAAAUUUGUAAUAAUUUAAUAAUGAUCAAAGUCUAUAACUUUUAUCUGUUCAAUCAGAAAAUCAGUGGUGAGCUGAAAGUAAUCUAAGGAUUACUCUAAAAAGUAUGAAAAUUAUGAUGGAAAUGAAAAUAUUAAUAUCCUAAUAUUAAACAGAAAUCUUGAUUGUUGAUGUUUUCCCAUAAAAGAAAUAAAUAAAAUAAUUAAAUACCAAAAAAAA